AUUUGGCAGCCAGCCACUACUGCCAAGGAGUCGCCGUACCUGGCAGAGAGGGCCUUAGGAGAAGGGAGAUCGGCUCUCUUUGAAAGCAUCCUCGGCGAUCUCCACACUUGUUUGCAUUGAAAAGAGUAAUAGAAGAUCACUCUAUCUUGCUAAUAAUAACCCCAGGCCAGUGUUCGGCUGUCAGGCUCAAAUUCCAGUCGGAAAGCACGACUCUGCAGACGGAAAAAAGACGAAGAUAUCGACCAUUCUUUCCCCCCCCCUUCCGUUCUCGCAAGAAUGAACCAUGUCGUCCACCCAAGAUCCCCUCGACGGUAUAUCGGGUGAGCUUGCACAUGACGGGGAUGUAAUGAAGAUAGUUCUCAUAGUCUUCAUCUCCAUCUCGUGGUAUAACGUGACGGAGCUUGUGGUUCUCGUCCUGUCUACGUUUCGGCGCUGGCGAGGGCUCUAUUUCUGGUGUCUCCUUUUGUCUGGCUGCCUGGGUGUCGGGCUAUAUUCUCUCGGCUUCAUGCUCAAGUUCUUCACCCAGGCCAACUCGACAUUCUCAGUCACGGUCCUUACCGUCGGCUGGUGGGCCAUGGUCACCGGCCAGUCCGUUGUGCUCUACUCGCGGCUCCAUCUAGUCCUACGCGACGAGGGUAUCCUGCGGCGCGUGCUAAUCAUGAUCAUCGUGGACUUCUUCCUCCUGCACGUCCCUACCACAAUCCUGACCUACGGCUCGAACGUCAAGAACCGAUCAGGCCUGUUUGUCGAGGGCUACAACAUCAUGGAGAAGAUUCAGAUGACCGGGUUCACCAUCCAAGAGGCCAUCAUCUCAGCUCUCUACGUCUCCGAGACGGUCAAGCUGCUGCGGCUGGGCUCUGAUCAUACCAAACGCAGGAUCAUGUACCAGCUUGUUGGAAUCAACGUUGCCAUGUUUGUUAUGGACCUCGUGCUUCUGGGGCUCGAAUACGCAAGUUACUAUGCCGUCCAGAUCACCCUCAAGGGCGUCAUUUACAGCGUCAAGCUCAAACUCGAGUUUGCCGUCCUGGGAAGACUCGUCGAUGUCGUCCACGGCGACAGACAGUCCGGCGCAUUAGGCAACAGUCUCCGCCUGGCCUCGUUCCCGUAUUCCAGCGACCAGGCCCCCGGGGCUCCCUUGAACACGCUGCCGGUCCCGACCUUUUAUAGCGCGCCAGUGACGGACAUGGACACACCAGACUCCCGGCUGAAUCACGAAGACCAGAUGGAUGAGUCGGACGGGAAGAUGCUAACGAUGAGGCAUUUCUCGACCUGGGUCGAAGAUUAGACCGGAAGGUUGCAAAUAAUGGCUGAGAUGACGAAAUGUGUAGUAUGU